AUGUCUGGCGACGCCAUGGACAUUGAGACUGCCGAGAAGCAGCUCAAGGCGCUGGAGCACUCAGAGCAACACUACUUCAACAGCUAUAACCACCAUGGUGAGGAACAUACAUGCUACAAUACAACCCGUUCCUAUGCUAAUCCAAGCGCUUCCGCGGCAAAGGCAUCCAUGAGGAAAUGUUGGUGUAAAGAUGAAGUACGAACAAGGUCGUACAUGAAUGCCAUCAGCCAAAACAAGCACAUAUUUAAGGACAAGGUUGUGUUGGACGUAGGAUGCGGCACGGGGAUUCUCUCCAUGUUUGCUGCCAAGGCCGGCGCGAAGCAUGUCAUUGGCGUCGACAUGUCAACCAUCAUCUUCAAGGCCCGCGAGAUCGUCAAGAUCAACGGCUUCGAGGACAAGAUCACCCUGAUCCAAGGCAAGAUGGAGGAGAUCAAGAUGCCGUACGAGAAGGUGGACAUCAUCAUCUCGGAAUGGAUGGGCUAUUUCCUCCUUUACGAGAGCAUGCUGGACACGGUGCUUUAUGCACGCGAUAGGUAUCUGGCCAAGGACGGCCUCAUAUUCCCCGACAAGGCCACCAUCUUCGUCGCCGGCAUUGAGGACGGUGAUUACAAGGAGGAGAAGAUCGGGUUCUGGGACAACGUCUACGGUUUCAACUACACGCCCCUGAAGGAGACGGCCCUCUCCGAGCCGCUGGUCGACACCGUCGAGAUGAAGGCCGUGGUCACGGACCCGACGCCAGUCCUGACGCUUAACCUCUACGAAUGCAAACCGUCCGACCUGUCCUUCAGCUGCCCUUUUGACCUGGUCGCCCGGAGAGACGACUUCAUCCACGCCCUCGUGGCGUGGUUCGACAUUGAGUUCACAGCCUGCCACAAACCAAUUCGCUUCUCAACAGGGCCCCACACCAAGUACACGCACUGGAAGCAGACCGUGUUCUAUUUGAAGGAUGUGCUCACCGUUCAGCAAGGCGAGAAGAUUGAGUGCUCGCUGCACAACCGGCCGAAUGAGAAGAAUAGGCGCGACUUGGAUAUCAAGAUCCAAUACCGCCUGGAUACUCAAGACGCGAUGCGGCAGGCCGAAGGAACCUGCCUCUACAAGAUGUGCUAA